AUGGUCUUUGUGAUGGCUGCCGCGCCGGAGGUUCCGGCAUUGCCGCCCCAGGCGAUCCAACUGUCCGUUCUGAUGCUGCUUGGAAGCUCCUUCUGUGGCUUGGGCACACUGGCCUAUGCGAGUGGCUUCCGAUGCCAGCGCCCGGUGGAUGAAAAUGCGUUUUAUUUUGUCGGUGGCCUCUUCAUUGGCUUCGUCCUGUUGGAGAUCCUUGCAGCGCGGCGCCUCGCGGGAGCGCACGUGGUGCAGGGUCCAGAGCACACGUAUGUACGAUGA